AGUGCUGGAGCUUGGCCUAAAGUUCAAAUGUUCCUGCACCCUGCCCCGUACUAUCUCUAUCCAGGGGAAUCUGAUAAGGAUGAUUUACCUUUGCUCCCUCACUGCAUUAGAAAGCAUUCUUAGCUUUCAGGUGAUUGCCACUGGCUAACUUGGUGUGAAGUUCUGCAGAACAUAAAAUCACCCUUCUCACUACCAAAAGAAGAUGCUGAUGAAUUUGAGGCCCCUGCUCAAUAAUGCAGUUCUUAGAAAUGGCCACAAUCUCGUGGUUCGAAAUUUUAGGUGUGGACAACCACUGCAAAAUAAAGUACAGCUGAAGGGUCGUGACCUUCUCACUCUAAAAGAUUUUACAGGCGAAGAAAUUAAGUAUAUGCUAUGGCUGUCAGCAGAUCUGAAAUUUAGGAUAAAACAGAAAAGAGAGUAUUUGCCUUUAUUGCAAGGAAAGUCUUUAGGCAUGAUUUUUGAAAAAAGAAGUACUCGAACAAGGUUGUCCACAGAAACAGGCUUUGCACUUCUGGGAGGACAUCCUUGCUUUCUUACCACACAAGAUAUUCAUUUGGGUGUAAAUGAAAGCCUUACAGACACAGCCCGAGUGUUGUCUAGCAUGACAGAUGCAGUGUUGGCACGAGUGUAUAAACAGUCAGAUCUGGACACCCUGGCUAAAGAAGCAACCAUUCCAAUUGUCAAUGGGCUAUCAGAUUUGUACCAUCCUAUUCAGAUCCUGGCUGAUUACCUCACGCUCCAGGAACACUAUGGGUCUCUGAAAGGCCUCACCCUCAGCUGGAUUGGGGAUGGGAACAAUAUCCUACACUCCAUCAUGAUGAGUGCAGCAAAAUUCGGAAUGCACCUUCAGGCAGCUACUCCGAAGGGUUAUGAGCCAGAUCCUAGUAUAAUCAAGUUGGCAAAGCAGUAUGCCAAAGAGAAUGGUACCAAGCUGUCACUGAUGAAUGAUCCAUUGGAGGCGGCACGUGGAGGCAAUGUAUUAAUUACAGACACUUGGAUAAGCAUGGGACAAGAAGAGGAGAAGAAAAAGCGGCUUCAGGCUUUCCAAGGUUACCAAAUUACAAUGAAGACUGCUAAAGUUGCUGCCUCUGACUGGGUAUUUUUACACUGCUUACCCAGAAAACCAGAAGAAGUGGAUGAUGAAGUGUUUUAUUCUCCAAAAUCACUCGUGUUCCCAGAGGCCGAAAACAGAAAGUGGACUAUUAUGGCUGUCAUGGUGUCCCUGCUGACAGAUUACUCACCUCAGCUCCAGAAGCUGAAGUUCUGAUGCCAGCAGGCUUGUCAAGAGAGAAGUGAUAUUCUUCAGAGAUAGAAUGAGUCAAUUUAUGGAGGAAGAAGAGAAUGGGGGAAGAAGAAAAUCUAACAAAUAAAUUCCUAAUACAGAGUAUGGGUGAAUUUUAUGAUAUUGUGUUGCUAUUGUGAAAUCUCUCCAAAACCCUUAAGAAAAGUGUGCUGAUGCACUGUAAUACUUGGUUUGAUUUUGUUCCAAAUCUCUCUAAUUCACAAUUUCAGAGUUAUAUCUGGGUAUCAUAUUAAUAAUUAUAUACAUUUGCUUCAACUAAGCAUAAAAUACUGUCUUUAUAACACAUAAUGUUUAAGCCAUUAAAUGUAAUCUAUGUUUAUUACCUUAAUAAAUUAUCACCCACGCUAAUUUA